AUGGCAACAAAAUCUAUCCCGCAGCGUCAACUAGGAAAGGACGGUCCCAGCGUGUCGGCGAUUGGAUUUGGAUUAAUGACCAUCGCCGGGGCUCACGGUGAUGGACCCAGCGAGGAAGAGCAGUUCCAAAUCUUGGAUCGCGCAGCUGAGCUGGGCAACACGUUCUGGGAUACUUCCGAUAUCUACUUUGACAAUCUAGAGGUGCUAGCCAAAUGGUUUCGGCGCACCGGAAAGCGAGACGACAUCUUCCUUGCCUCAAAAUUCGGGCUCAUCAUGGGUGAGAACCUACAGCUAAAGGGCAUCAACAGCUCUGGAGAGUACUGCAAAAAGGCUUGCGAGGAUAGCCUUCAACGACUUGGCAUCGAUUGCAUUGACCUCUACUACGUCCAUCAUAUCAACCCGCAAACGCCUAUCGAGGAAACAAUGCGAGCAAUGGUGCAACUCCAAGCAGAGGGCAAAAUCAAGCAUAUUGGGCUGUGCGGGCUGAGCUCUCGCACUCUUCGACGUGCUUGCAAAAUUGCGCCCGUAGCAGCAGUGCAGGUCGAGUACUCGGCGUUUGUGCUGGAUAUCGAAGGAGAACGGGGUUCCAACCUUCUUCAGACUUGCCGAGAGCUCGGCGUCUCCAUUGUUUGCUUCGGGCCCAUCGGUCGAGGCCUUCUCACGGGCACAGUGACAGGCAGCGAGUCGAUUGCCGGCACAGGGGAUAUCCGGACGCAGUGGGUGCCUCGCUUCCAGCCAGAGAAUCUAGAGAAGAACCUCAAGGUCGUCGACCAGUUCAAGGCCCUGGCAGACAAGAAAGGCUGCACUUCGUCGCAGAUGGCUCUCGCGUGGGUUCUCAAGCAGGGGAACGACGUGAUACCAAUCCCCGGCACGAAAAGGAUAAAGUAUCUCGAGGCCAACUGGGAAUCGCUCAAUGUACAUCUCAGCGACGAGGAAGAGAUGGAAAUCCGCAAGAUUGUGCGCGACUCGGAGCUUGCCGGCUUUGAAACUAGGCCCUCUUCGUAUGCAGAUACAGAGGAAGAAGCAUAG